GUAAAUUCAUACAUUUUUGUGUGAGUCCGGUUUGGGGAUUGAACCCGCGACUUUGUCGCUAUAAGCAACACGCUCUAAACAGCUGAGCUCACCGGCCUAGAAGCUGUCUUAAAGAGUAUACUGCCUCCAGUCUAUUGUCCUCCUACCUACUUACUAAAAUCCAUAAAUAUCUUGUGUACGAACUUCCAAGCAUAGUUUCACCACGUUACUACGCAUGCGCGAGAUCAUGAUGCACGCCGCUGUGACGCCGUUUGACAGGCAUCAGCGGCGCGUUCCCGACAGCUGAGAGAAACGCACUUUAAAAUCGUAUGUGAUAUUUACCCUUCUGGAGAGUUUCUAAGGGUUAGAUUUAAUUUUGAAUUUGUUUAUUUUUUUGCUUGUAAAUAUUAUAGUGUCUUCUGGGACAAAGUGUAAUUAUGGUUAAAAGAGUGUUUGAAAAGUGGUUGAAUUGAACCUGUCCUUUAUGUAUAUUAAGUAUGGAAACUAUGAAGAAGGUGGUAAAAAAGGUUUGUUGAUUAAUGUUUUACUGGUGUUAGCGAAUAAUUUUAUUCACAAAUUUUGAUUUUUUUUUUAAAUCACCCACGUGUUUAUAGUGUUUAAGAAUUAUUUGAGACAAUACUCAAAAACUUUGUCAAAAAAAAAAAAAGAAGAAAAAAAAAAGUUCCCGACAGCUGAGAGGGCGCGCCCGUAGACGUUGCUGCUCAGGCUUCAAGAUGGCGGAAGCCCUGACAACUCAAGAGGAGGCGGCGGUGAAGGAGUUCCUGGCUGAGCUGAGGCAUUGGGAACAGUCACAGAAUGCAGAUCUUAUCAGUCAGGUGACAGCGGUUAAGUUCCUCACGGCAAGAAAGUUUGAUGUUUCCAGAGCCAUAGACCUCUUCCAAGCUUACAAGAACACCAGAAUAAAGGAAGGCAUCUACAAUAUUAACCCAAAUGAGGAGCCUUUAAGGAGUGAGUUACUUUGUGGGAAAUUCACAGUUCUGCCCGGCCGUGACGCGAAAGGUGCGGCUUUGGCGCUUUUUACAGCACGUCUCCAUCGCCCAGACCUCACUACCCAUAAGGCUGUUCUUCAGGCCAUUAUAUAUCAGCUGGACAAGGCCAUUGAGAGUGUUCAGACACAGAGAGACGGGCUUAUUUUUAUCUAUGAUAUGACGAACUCCACAUAUGCCAAUUUUGACUAUGAGCUUUGCGUCAAGAUUUUGAAUCUGCUUAAAGGGGCUUUCCCUGCUCGUCUGAAAUGCGUCUUUAUUGUGUCAUCUCCACUGUGGUUCAGAGCACCAUUUGCGGUACUCCGUCUGUUUGUGAGAGAGAAACUGAGAGAAAGGGUGUGCACUGUAAAAGCCCACGAACUGGUCAAUCACAUCCCAGUCAGCUCCCUUCCAGAACAUUUGGGUGGCUCGUCACAGUAUAGUCACAUUGCCUGGAUCCAGUCCUGCGUCAACUCCAGCCCCAACCACCCCAAUAACUCUCCCUACGUCACUGGGGACUGCUUGGGCAGUCUCCUCCGCUCCUACUCCAUGGAGCAUAGCCAGAACACUUCAGCAGACCCCUUAGCUGCCAAUACUUCGGGGGCCACCCUACUGGGGGACGGACUAAACUCAAACUGCCCCAUACUGGAUGACGGCAAUGCCAACCUGCAGAACCACAGGACUGCAGGGCAUGCACAUUGGAAUGGCUCUGUACUGCCAGGUUCAGGGGGAAUCUUGGGGUCCAACGCCAAUGUCGUAAAUGGGCGUGGCCGGCGGCCGCCCCCACAGUCAGACACGCCCCCAGACACACCCCUGCACCAAAAAAUCACAGCUGGUGCAAUAAUACCAGGAGGUGGAGGAACUAUGGGUACAGAAGGCGCAUGUUUGGAUGACAGAAGGCAGGAUGGCAAUGGUGCUGAGGACAUCCAACAGGAUGUGGAGUUUCUGGAAGAGCAUGGAGGGGAUGGCAUUCCACCCCUUCCACUAAAAUCGAGGCCGCCACCCCUCCAUCACAGCCCCGCCCCAGAUAUGAGCUGGCUACCGGGAACAACGACGGAAACGGCUGCGUUGUCGGUGCAUGUGGCUGAGCCGGGCGGAAUGAGCGUGCAGGAUCUGGUGCAACAUGUGAAACGUAAAAAGAAGAAGGGCAUUUAUCAGGAGUAUGAGGAGAUACGCAAAGAACCUCCUGCUGGAACCUUUGACUACUCUAAGAAAGUUUCUAACCAGAUAAAGAAUCGCUACAGUGAUGUCCUCUGCCUUGACCAAUCACGUGUUCGACUCUGUCCGCUCAACAAUGAGGAUGAUGAGACAUCUGACUACAUAAAUGCUAGUUUCAUGGAUGGUUACAAGAGGAGUAAUGCUUACAUCGCUACUCAGGGGCCUUUGCCAAAAACGUUUGGAGACUUUUGGCGAAUGGUGUGGGAGCAAAUGGUUUUAAUCAUUGUUAUGACUACAAGAGUUGUAGAGCGAGGCAGAGUGAAGUGUGGACAGUACUGGCCAUUAGAAGCUGGGCGCACUGAGGAUUAUGGGUCCUUUUUGGUGAGAAAUAUCCAUAUUGAGAUGUUUCAGGACUUUAAGCUAUCAUACCUGGAGAUCUUCAACACUCAGACAGGGGAAUGUAGGGAAGUGUCUCAUUACCUCUACAUGAGCUGGCCAGACUUUGGUGUUCCGAAGUCAGCGUCGGCCAUGUUGGAUUUCCGGGCACACGUGAAACAGAGACAAGAAUCCUCAUUACGAACACUGUAUCCUGAUUGGAUGGGACCCCCAGGGGGCCCCCCAGUGGUGGUGCACUGCAGCGCAGGCAUCGGCCGAACAGGCACGUUUUGUACGUUAGACAUUUGUCUCUCUCGUCUGGAGGACAUCGGGACAGUGGACAUUAAGCAGACGGUGCGUCGCAUGCGGACACAGCGUGCCUUCAGCAUCCAAACAUGGGACCAGUACUACUUCUGCUACAAAGCAGUGAUCGAGUACGCCCAACAGACCGGCCUGCUGCAGCCUGUGGAGUGGUCCGACACCGAGCUGGAGACCGACAGCGAGUGAAUCAGAAAAAACAGAACUCGCAGGUGAG